UAGCAAAAGAAUUUGGGAUUUGCUACCAAAACCAGAACCAAAAAAUAGGUCAGAUAAUAAAUGGAUAAUGAAUGUGAUUUAUGCAUGCAUGUACGCAGAAAUAAUAUCACGUACACGUGUCGCCACAUUUUCUAUUUGCUUAGUUGUAUCCAUGAAUCUGACAGUAAGACAUUUUCUUCACUUGCAAAAUUGCCUUAGAAUUAAUCUCUGCCCAGAAAACCCAUUUUAAUUAGAAAUGGACAAGCCUGAAAAUUCCUCCGAGCCGCCGCCGCCGCCUGACCGCCUGAUUUUCACUGUUAAUGGAGAGAGAUUUGAAGUCCCAGAAGUUGAUCCUUCCACCACUUUACUUGAGUUCUUGCGCACAAACACCCCUUUCAAAAGUCCCAAACUCGGCUGUGGUGAAGGUGGAUGUGGUGCAUGUGUGGUUCUACUAUCAAAACGAAACCCUAACCCUAACCCUAGCCUUAACGAAAUCGAACAUUUCACCGUAAGUUCGUGUCUCACGCUCCUCUGCAGCAUAAACAACUGUUCGAUCACGACAAGCGAAGGCCUCGGAAGUAGCAAAGAUGGAAUAUUCCAUCCGAUCCACGAAAGAUUCUCCGGUUUUCACGCUUCUCAAUGCGGCUUCUGCACUCCCGGAAUGUGCAUGUCCCUUUUCUCAGCUAUUAUUAAUUCUGAAAACGACAGUAACCGACCCUCGAAAUCGGGAUUUUCGAAACUCACAGUUUCCGAAGCCGAGAAGUCCGUAUCCGGAAAUCUAUGCCGAUGCACCGGCUAUAGACCUAUCGCAGAUGCAUGCAAGAGCUUCGCCUCCGAUGUUGACUUGGAGGAUUUAGGGGUCAACUCUUUCUGGCGAAAAAAACGAGAUUCGAUUGAAAAAGUCAACUUAAGUCGAUUGUUGCCACAUUAUAAUCCGAAGGAUCAUGCUUCUUCGAUUUUGAAAGAUGGAUGCAAUUUUGCGUCGGGGCUUUUGAAUUCCGAGAAGCAUUCUUGGUACACGCCAUUGACUAUCGAAGAUCUUCGAAUGUUGUUAUCACAACGCUCUGAUCGUACAGUUGAAAAAACCGGUAAUAGAAUCAAGUUGGUUGUCGGCAAUACAGCGAAUGGUUAUUACAAAGAAACCGAGAAAUACGACAAAUACAUUGAUCUAAGAUAUAUUCCCGAGUUAUCGGUUGUUAAAAAAAAUAGCUCCGGUAUUGAAUUUGGAGCAGCAAUUUCAAUCUCCAAAGUUAUAUCCUAUUUGAAGCAGCAAAAUUGCGAAUCCGAUUUAAUAUGCUCGAAAAUUGCAAACCAUUUGGAAAAAAUCGGUUCGGAAUUCGUCAGAAACUCGGCUAGUAUCGGCGGAAAUUUAGUGAUGGCUCAGAGAAAAUAUUUUCCAUCAGAUAUUACAACAUUACUUCUUGCUGUGGAUUCUACUGUCACCAUACUGACAGGUCAGCAUCCACACAAACACGAGAAAAUCACAAUCGAAGAGUUCUUGCAAAAACCGCAUAUGGGGCCCACAAAUGUGCUUUUGAACGUGCACAUUCCUUUCAUCGGACAAACAAAAAACAAGGCUAAUAAUUUAAAUUCAAGAUUAACGUUCGAAAGCUACCGCGCUUCGCCGCGGCCUCUUGGAAACGCGUUGCCGUAUUUAAAUGCUGCGUUUCUGUCGGAUAUUUCCGAGACUGAAAAAAAUGGGGUUUUAGUGAAUUAUAUUAAUCUGGCUUUUGGUGCUUACGGCACAAAACGUGCGAAACGAGCAAGUAGAGUUGAGGAAUAUCUUUGUGGGAAAAUACUAAGUGUUGCAGUUUUGAACGAAGCUGUCGAAUUAGUGAAGAGCGACGUGGUUUCGGAUGAAGGCACUUCGUACGGUGCUUAUAGGUCGAGUUUAGCCGUUGGUUUUCUUUUUCAAUUUCUAAAUACUUUUUUGGGUGACUUAUCGGAUUAUUUUAAGAAAUCGUUGCUUCUAGAAGGCUCCGACAGAACCAAGAAUAUCGAAAUGCUCUCAUCUGCAAAACAAGUUAUGGAAUCGAGUCGAGAUUUUUAUCCGGUCGGUGAACCUAUGAAGAAAAUAGCUGCUUCAAUCCAAGCCUCUGGUGAAGCUGUGUAUGUAGAUGAUAUUCCAUCUCCACCAAAUUGUCUUUACGGAGCAUUUAUAUACAGCACUAAGCCUUCGGCUCGAGUCAACAACAUUUCGUUUAAUUCCAAUACACCGACUGCUGUUAUCUCAUCUAAGGACAUUCCGGAAAAAGGCGAAAACAUAGGAAGUACGACUAUUUUUGCUUCGGAGCCUUUAUUUUCUCCUGAUUUCAGUAGGUGUGCCGGUGAUCGCAUCGCUUUCGUGGUAGCCGAGACGCAAAAACGUGCUAAUGUGGCUGCAAAAACAGCUGUUCUUGAUUACGACACACAGGAUUUGGAUCCACCUAUUUUAACAGUCGAAGAAGCUGUCGAAAGAUCGAGUUUCUUCGAAGUUCCUCCUUUUUUAACUCCGUCAAAUGUUGGCGAUUUCGAUAGAGGAAUGAUUGAAUCUGAUCAUAAAAUCGUCAAUUCUGAGAUAAAACUAGGUUCGCAAUACUACUUUUACUUGGAGAAUCAAACUGCACUUGCAAUACCGGACGAAGACAACACGAUUGCGGUUUAUAGUUCAAUUCAAAAUCCGGAGUACGCGCAGAUUGUGAUAGCACGUUGUCUUGGUAUUCCCGAGCAUAACGUACGCGUUAUUACGAGAAGAGUUGGUGGCGGAUUUGGUGGAAAAGCAAUGAAAGCAAUCCCCGUAGCUGCAGCAUGUGCUCUUGCAGCACACAAACUCCAUCGCCCCGUACGAACAUAUCUCGAUCGAAAAACGGACAUGAUACUCGCCGGAGGAAGACACCCGAUGAAAAUAACCUACACCGUCGGAUUCAAAUCCAACGGCAAGAUCACAGCCCUCCAUCUCAACAUACUAAUCGACGCGGGCGUAACCGAAGACUCGAGCAUACUAAUACCACACAACAUAAUAUCCUCCCUAAAAAAAUACGAUUUCGGCGCUCUCUCCUUCGACCUAAAACUAUGCAAAACGAACCGCACGAGCAAAUCCGCCAUGCGAGGCCCGGGCGAAGUGCAGGGUUCUUACAUAGCCGAAGCCAUAAUCGAGAACAUAGCUUCGCAUCUCUUGAUAAAAUCCGAUGACGUCAGAACCGUAAAUCUGCACAAAUACGAAACCCUAAAGAUAUUCUAUGGGAGUGCUUCCGAGGAGUGUGUGGACUACACAUUGCCUUUUAUAUGGGACAGAGUGGCGGAAUCUUCGAGUUAUUUUUCGAGGGUUUGUUUGGUUGAAGGGUUUAAUAAAUCCAAUAUUUGGAUUAAACGGGGCAUUUCUCGAGUUCCGAUUGUGCAUGAGCUAAUUUUAAGGCCUGCUGCAGGGAAAGUGAGCGUACUUUGGGAUGGUUCGAUUGUUGUGGAAGUAGGUGGGAUUGAAUUAGGGCAAGGGCUUUGGACGAAGGUCAAACAAGUGGCGGCUUAUGCGCUCGGUUCGAUAAAAUGUGGUGAGGUUUUCGAUAAAAUACGAGUUGUGCAGGCGGAUACGUUGAGCUUAGUGCAAGGAGGGCUUACUGCCGCUAGCACAACUUCCGAAUCGAGCUGCGAAGCGAUUAGAAUUUGCUGCAAUUUGUUGGUCGAACGAUUGGCGCCGCUUAGGGAAAAGUUGGAGGAGGAAAUCGGAAUACCUGUGAAUUGGGAAACUUUGAUUCUCCAGGCGCAUUUUCGGAAUAUAAACUUGGGGGUAAAUUCGUACUUUGUGCCGGAUUCGAGUUCUUCGAGGUACCUGAACUACGGUGCUGCUGUGAGUGAGGUGGAGGUGAAUAUUCUAACAGGAGAAACAAGAAUACUAAGAACAGAUAUUGUGUAUGAUUGUGGGCAGAGCAUGAAUCCAGCUGUGGAUUUAGGACAGAUUGAGGGGGCUUUUGUGCAAGGACUAGGAUUUUUCAUGCAAGAAGAGUACUUAACAAAUGCAGAAGGAUUAGUAGUUACAGACAGCACAUGGAAUUACAAGAUCCCAACAAUCGACACCAUACCGAAACAAUUUAACGUCGAAGUGCUAAAUUCGGGGCAUCACCGAAAUCGUAUUCUCUCGUCUAAGGCUUCCGGUGAACCACCGUUGCUUCUAGCGGCAUCGGUCCACUGCGCUACUAGAGCGGCCAUCGGAGCGGCUAGAGAACAAAUGAAGUCUUGGGGAGCGGUCGAAGGGGUAGAUUCGUCAUUUCACUUGGACGUUCCUGCUACAAUGCCUGUCGUUAAGCAGCUAUGCGGCUUGAACGUUGUCGAGACUUACUUGCAGAGCUUGAUCGCUCUCGAGCCAUAAUUAAACUACACAAGUCGGGUUUUUUUUUUUUUUGCGAUUUUAAAUGCGAGACUAAAUGCGUAUAUUCGGUCGAAUUAUUUGUGAAAUUAUGCUUUAUUUCUAUGUUGU